AAACUCAUCUCAUUUUCCAUUCAAACAUAUCACACAGAGCAAUUCACACUAAAAAUAUUCUUGUUUCAUUGUAAAAUACCCCCACACCCCCAACUCUCCAAAAAUAAAUAAAUAAAAUCAAGAAUGUGUAUUAAUCCCACAGAAUGGAUUCUACCACACAAUCUUCAAGUUCCUUCACAAAGACGACCGAAGCGAUCUAGGGUUCGUGUACACAACCUUGCAAGAAGAAAGCAAUGCAAAGAGAAGAUUGGCAAGGUUAUGGAGCUUAAGAAUUUGAAGCUGUACAUGGAGAAUAUCAGUAUAAUAGAAGAGAAUGAGAAGUUGAGGAAAAAGGCUUCUCUCUUGCAUCAAGAAAAUCUUGCUCUAAUGUCUGAGUUACAAAACAGAUUUUCCAAGCAUGAUCUUCUUAAUAACGAUCAGUCGAAGAACACCGUGCAUUCUUCUGACGGGUAGAGGUGAAAACCCGUGCUGACUAUCACGAUGUCCUUUCUUGUAGUCGACGCAAUCAUAAGUUUUUCAUCGAGUCUGCAAGAAAUUAAUUAUUUUCUUCUCAUAGUACUGCUCCAUCUGUUUCUCUUUUGACUUCUCUUCUUGUGUUAGAUUAAGCAAGAGGUACUCACAUAUCUGGCAAAUUUGUGUAACUAUAAUUCUCAAUCGGGUAUGUACAAGAAUUAAUAGGUAAGAUUAUUGUUGGCCUUUCUUCUUUAUUUAUUAUAUAUAUUUUUAAUUUCGGCA